AUGCUUUAUUUCCGUCGCACCGCCUACGAGUUCUUCCUCAUCCUUCACAUAAUCCUUGCCAUGUUCGUCAUUCUCUACGCUGCCAUCGCAGUGUGGUUCUUUAACCGCGCUGUCCGCGUACUACGCGUGUUGAAGAAUAGCCUGCAGUAUGCCGACGUUACCGAAGUAGGAGAUAAUUACGUCCGGAUCGACAUUCCCGGUAUACGGUGGGCGGCGAAGCCGGGCUACGUUGGCUACGUUGGGUUUCCAAUUCUGCACCCACUGCGACCAUGGGAAAACCAUCCUUUUUCCAUCAACUCUUGCGCCUUGUUUCGCAGAUAUAAGCAUACGCUAGCAUUGACGUCUUCGAACGACUCCCCGUCAGAUAGCAGUCACGCUGGAGGGAACUUCGCGGACGACAAAGCACCGGCGACCCCUGAUACGCGCGAUGUGACGGACUCGGCAACCACGGCGGGCGUUUUCUUCAUCAAGAAGAGAACAGGCAUGACGAAGAUGCUGAGUAGAAACGCUCGACUGCUUACAAUACUUGACGGACCAUACCCACCCUCAGCUAGCACCUAUGCCCUGGAUAUUGACCACUUGUCAUUGAUAGGCGGCGGUGUCGGUAUUACUGGUCUUCUCGGCUGGAUCCCCGUUCAUACCAACGUCAAACUGGCCUGGAGCGUCAAAGCCCAAGAUCAAGCUUUAGUGCAUGAGAUGAACAUGGCUAUUGGCAACGUCGCUAACAAACAGGUUUUAGUCGGGCAACGUUUUGCGAUCAGUGAAAUCUUGCAGAAGGAGAUAGAUUCUAGCUACGAGAAGGUCGGUGUUGUCGUAUGCGGACCUGCGGAGAUGUGA